UCGAAGGUGGUCUGUCAGUGCUCCACGAAAACUCGAGGCUUCGUCGUGUCAACGCGUACUACAGUAUAGGAAGUUUGUCUUGAAGACUACUUGAAAGCAUGCUUCCAGAAUACGGACGCGCAUGCAAGAGGUCGAACUCGGCGUUAGACCGCUGUCACACCGAAGCCGGCACGACGGAGGUAGCCAGUCUGGACGACAGCCUCACAAACCUCAGCUGGCUUUACAACAUGAGCUUCAGCGACGCCGGAGUGCCAAAUAUCAAUCCCUGCAAGUCUUCCGCAAUCGUCGAUGAUCCGGACACAACGACCUUCGUUACCUCAGAGGAGACCGCCGUGGAACCGCGGGUGGAGCAGCCGUACUUCUCCGUCGUGGAGCGCGUCUCCAUGCCGCACGUGACACACGACUUCAAGAAGAAGUCGGUGAAGCCUCCCUUCUCGUACGCGCAGUUGCUCUUCAUGGCAAUGUCUGCGCAGGGCGUCGGCAAGCAGAAGCUCCUUCUCGCCGAAAUCUAUCAGUUCAUCAUGGAUAACUUCAUCUACUACAAGACAGCUGAUCCUACGUGGCAGAAUUCUGUGCGUCACACCCUGUCACUGAAUCGCUGUUUCAUCCGCUAUCCGCGAGAGAACAACCGACCUGGCAAAGGUGGCUACUGGACACUCAACCCUCAGUUCGUGGACGUACUCGAGAAUGGCGUGAUACGCAGGAAAAAGAGCGCCAGCCCAAUUAUGGAAAGCGUAAAAAAGGGCGCAAACGAUUCCUUCAGCCACUCAGCCCGAUUUCAAAAACAAUACGGGACCCACGUGGAUUACGAAGAGGCAUACCUGUAUGGAUUCUCACCAUAUCUCAACACAAGGCUUCCAUGGGAUAGAAAUAGCCCGUCGCCCCCUCUUGUACUGAACAAGAAGCUUUCAUGUGACAGCGGUAACCUCUCUCCUCCCACCGUACUCGAUGGAGACCUUUUUGGUGACACCGAAUCUCGUCUGGUUUCUCCUCCUCCCGAGUUAAAUAGGAAGCUGUCGUGGGGAAUAGAAAAUCUAUCCCCGCCUGAAGUUAAAAAAUGUACAACUCGUGGCAAAGGCAAUCGUUGUUCUGCUGCUGCACACAAGAGGAAGGUAGACAACGCGUCCCAGCCUCUCGCUAUUAAACGAAUCGCUGCCUCAAAUGGAACUAGCCCUUCUGCCCCAACCAACAGAUCAGGGGAUGAGGUGUCCCCUCCCAAUGAUAAAAUAUCCUGUGACAGCUUCACACCUUGCUUGUCCGGCAUCAUCCCGGAUGAAAGAUUCGAGGAUUCGUUCGACUGGAGCGGCGUGCUGCACAACGACGUGACCUUGUCCGAGUCAAAGGUCAAAGUCGAGGCGAUUGUCGACGGCUACAUAAGCGUGCCUCUGCAGCCGCUGAUGCCGACGCACGGAGACGAUGUCGGCGGUGAGCUGAUCAUGUCAGCGGAUGACCUCACGCAGCUGGGUGCGGAGGCUACCGUGGGGGCAGGGUACGCAGGCGGGAAAGCGUACCUGAGUGACGGUGACUGUGAUCACGGUGACGUAGACGCUGCCGAUCUGAGAGUUGACGGCGUUGGCAUUGUGCAGCCAUCCUGGUGGCCUCAGUGUACGUCCUACAGCUUCGCAUAGCUUGGCGCGUUUCACCGAAGUCUUCCAUAAACAGGAGAUUUGAAUGAAAUAACAUAGAAUGGAACGUAUAGAAGCUAUUGAUGGUUUUUAUCAGCAGGCAGUAAAUUUACAUUUAGAUCGUAUGUAUCGUCGUAUGGUGCUCAAACGGCUACCCGAAUACGUAAAUACGUUGUAUUUUGUUUGGAUUAGAGUAAGAGCAAUUUUUAGUUGGCAGUAAGAUUAGCACUGUCAGGAAUCAUCAGUGGUAUAUAAUGUAGUGUUAUACAAAGUAGCAGGAAGUAGUUUUAUACGUACAAAAUAUUGUUAUACUAUGUAGAAGUAGGUUAAAAUUGAGAUUUUAAAGAUUUGAUUUAUACGCUGGUGACUAGUUUUAUAACUGUCUGUUUAUGAUGCGUUUAAUAGCCUUGAUAUAUUUCAUGAUUGUCGAUUUUUAGCGUGGUAUCCUUAUUCUUUUUUUCCAUAUAGCGGCCUUGCAGUUGAGCAAGUAAUGCUAAAUGAAAUUGUCUAUAUUGGGAAACUUGCCAUAGGUUGAUAUAUGGCAUAAGAGUACAUAAUAGAGAUCUCUAUUAUGUACUCUUGAUGGCAUGCAUAUUUACAGAUUUGCAAUGAAAUCAUACGCAUCUGCCGUCUACCCAAUUAAAUGUGCAUCAUAUAUUCAGCUUCUGGCUUUGUUAGUGGGUAUACAUGUGUAUACAGCGAAACAUGCCUGCUGGAAACAUGCCGCCCAUACUAACAGGUGGCGCGACGUAAUCAAGUCAACCAUUAGCAUAUUAGUCGAAUUAAUUUUUAAUCACCGAAUAAAUAGACUUGAACUCCGUAAAUGUACGGGGGCGCUGACAGCCACAGAGACGAGCGCGCUCGCAAGAAUGUCGCAGGUCCCCGUCGCGUGCAGCCUAGCUCGUUACGUGUAACGUCGCGCCGCGUUAUGUUUAUACACGCGACUACAGACCGAACUACGCCGCGGACAAGAAACAUUCGCGACACAUGGCAGUCGCGAUUAUAGGUGCUCGGCUGUGAAACGCGAAUGUUCGUCAAGUAAUUAGGUCACGAGCGUGUUAUAAACUGUGGCCUGUAUUAGCACAUCACUGGUGUAGUAUUCUUAUACUAUAGGUGUCGCAAAACCGCUCCAUGUGGUUAACAUUGAUAGCGUUUAGCUGCGCUGUAAGAACAACCCGCCCGUAACUUGUCCCUGAUCGUGUGUUCGUGAAACAUAGAUGACAGCAUAUAUGCUUUACGAUUUGUUACAAUCGAUGUACGUUCGGGCAUCUGAGAGUAUUCAAAGUAUGUUAAAAUAUACAAAUAUAUAACGCUCA